UUAAGCGCACCACUUUUGUUGUGUAUGUACAUAGGGUCGUUGAGUAACCUGUAUAUGAUAAAUCGUGCUUCUAGAGUAGGAUUAGUUCUAUUUUCACGUAUAUGGUAUUUACUUAUGAACAUUAGGUACCUAUACCCGCAUACCGCACAUACUAACCCAAUGAUUAAAGGCGGGUUCACAACAGUUGUGCCCAGUUUACUGCCCGUGUCGUGUCGUGUCGUGUCGUGUAAAAUCCUUUUUUCUGAUUGGUUCACCAAAAUGUGAUAAUAAAAUAUGAUCGUGUCGACCAACACGAUACCACGAUUACCGCGAAGUUGAAUUAAUUCAACUUUUGAUCGUGCUGGUCACAAUGUUCACGCCUUGGUAGAUUUGUUUACUGUUAUCUUAUAUAUCUAAUACCUAUGGUAUCUAUUAUAUUUUGAUUAGAUACUAAGAUACCAAGUUGGUAUCGUCCUGAUUCGGAAUAUCCCCGAAGAACGAAUUGAAUUCACAAUUCACACGACACGACACGACACGGGUAGUUGUGAAGCCGCCUUUAGCCAAUCAUUGUGUCAAAUUUUUUUUUUCGAAAAUCGCUGUUAAACCUUUCAUGGAUAUUGAAACUUUUGCUUACUAGGUUAUAACAAUUCACAUUAUAGUGUAAAGUUUCCUUGAAUACACAUUAAGUGCAAAAUUCUACAAGGGUCUAAAUUCAUGGUACGCGACCGUGGUUUUAGCUUUAAGCAUUGCCAACGUGAUCACCGUAUACCGCGUAAUAUAAUACCGCGAGACACCCUCCAGCACAUAACCUCGAUAUUGUCUGUCACUCAGAUACUCAAUCGUAAAAAAAUUUCAUACAAUUUCAAUCGCUGACCGUUUUUUCACAAGCCGUUCGAUUAUUGAUAUCAUAAAUCAAGCCAUUCUCGUGUCACCCUCCGGGAGUGCUAAUAAUAAGUCAUAGUAGUUGUGUGCAACCAUGGAUGAACAUUCCAGUAAAGCGAGUCUUGUACGAAUAUUUGCGAUCCCCAUCAUCACCUUCGACACUUUCCGAAUAAGAUUACACGUCAGCCAUCUCAUCAAGAUUGAAGACACAAGGUGCGCACAAUUUCAUCGUUCACCGAUAUUAAUCACAGAUCAACACUUUGCGGCAGCAGACUCGAACACUACACCGGCCAAAUCGUUCGUACCGUGUCGUGUGUGUGGCGACAAAGCGUCUGGGUACCAUUAUGGCGUUACGUCGUGCGAAGGAUGCAAGGGGUUCUUCAGACGGAGUAUACAAAAACAAAUCGAAUAUCGGUGUCUGAGGGACGGAAAAUGUUUGGUGAUCAGAUUAAACAGAAAUCGAUGUCAGUACUGCCGAUUCAAGAAAUGUCUGACGGUUGGCAUGUCCAGGGAUUCCGUUCGGUACGGAAGAGUGCCGAAGAGGUCUCGUGAACAACUCGAGUCGGAGUCGAAGACGGUGUCGGCCGCCGAUUCAAUGGCGGCGGCGGCCGUUCAGGUGACCACCACGACGGCGACCACGACGACAGUCUCUGCGAACGCGGCCGCAGCCGUAGCGGCCGCGGUGGCCAUAGGGAUCGGCGGCAGUGCACCGGUCACGGCUGACCCUAUCUUGACCGGCACCGGACCGACCGCAGUGAUCGAGACCAACGGCGGCAGCGUGUCCAUAUCGUACGAUGUGAUCGCAGCCAUAUCGCAGGCGCACUUGACCAACUGCGAUUACACGGACGAGCUGACCAGGACACUGCUCCGGAAACCCGUGGCAUCUCCUCCCGCCCAGGGAUGUUCCAGCCCAGAGGUGGCAUCAUCAACGGCGGAUAGCGAGGAACAGCAAAAAAUAUGGCUGUGGCAACAAUUGGCCGCACACAUUACGCCCACCGUGCAGAGGGUAGUGGAGUUCGCAAAAAGAGUGCCGGGUUUCGUAGACCUCAGCCAAGACGAUCAGCUGAUUCUCAUUAAAGUGGGAUUUUUCGAACUAUGGCUGUGCUACGUGUCCAGGUUGGCCACGGACCUUUCGCUCACCUUCUACGACGGCACGUUCAUCACACGACAGCAGCUGGAACUCAUUUACGACGUGGACUUCGCCACAGAUGUGUUCCAGUUGGUGACAUCUUUCAACGGUUUAUCGCUGACGGACACCGAAGUCGGUCUAUUCGCUGCCAUCGUGUUGCUGACGCCAGACAGGCCAGGCGUAUCUGACGUAAAAACCGUACAGCACAGUCAGGACCGGAUCGUUGAAGCGUUCAAGCUACAACUAAGCAAAGGUCAUGGAGGAGAUAAGAAUUUGGCUCAAACGGUGUUGUCGAAACUGCCCGAACUACGAACCAUUGGUGCCCGACACGUUUCGUACCUCGAGUGGUUCAGGUUAAAUUGGCACAUGCUGAAGUUGCCACCGUUAUUCGCCGAAAUAUUCGACAUACCCAAGUGCGAAGAGGACUUGCAUCAAGGCUGAAUUAUUAUCUUUCUAUUUUAUUGUUACAGGUUUUUUUUUUAUAUAUACUUAUAAAGUUUCGUUUUUUUUUUAUUUGAAACGAAUCGAAUACUUCCUAAACGAACAAAACGUGUUUACAAUCAAAAACAGAAAAAAAAUUUAUUAAUAAUAAUUUUUUUACAAUAUCUUCGUAAAGAUAAUCUUUAAAUUUACGAUGAAUAACGUGCUUCAGCCGCCCCUGUCGAAACCUGCUUGCGUCUCCCAAAUAUUCGUCCGGUCGGCGCGGGAGUAUUACAACAUAUAAUCAUUGACGUCAAGUCGAUCAAACUAUUCAAAGAUAUGACAUAAUAUAUACCUAUAUAUUAUUAUACUACACUAUUGAGCAAUAAAAUACAAAAAAAAAAAACACUAUAUCGUCUGAUAUUAGAAUAAUUCUAUGUAAAUCGAAAUAAACAUUUUAUAAAUAUUAUAUAUAUAAUAAAACAUUAUAACAUAGGGUACAUGUACAACGAAACAAUCUUGUAUGAUAAGUGUGUUCUUUUUAGUAAUUGUAUAGUUAUAGAAAUUCAAUGACGAUCAAAAUUUCAUCUUACACAUAGUACCUAACGAAUAAUAUACGCGUUCUCGUUUCUUGUUAGGAUUCUUGCAAUAAUAUUAAUCAUUUUCAUAUCAUGCAUUUUUUUUUUUAAUCACAUACCUAAUGUGUUCAUGGCUUAGUGGAGUGCGGAUACAAUAUCAUCAUUUUCAUAUAAUAUAAUAGUAUUAUGAUAUAAUCGGUUUUUUUAAAUAUUAUUAUAUAUUAUUAUUUAAUAUUUAUACAUACACACAUACGUGUGUGUAUUGUACAUCGUAAUAGAACUCCAUUUAUCUUUCUAUAUAUUACGUACCUACGAUGUAUUAGGCCUGAAAAUGGUUUUUUUUUUUUUUUUGUCUUUGUACUGUGUUCAUCAUUGACAAUCUUGAAAUCAUUUAAAAAGACAAAAAAAAAUCUAAGCAAUAUUUUGUAAUAUUUAUUUACUGUAUGGUAAAAAUAACUAAAAAUCUAUUUUUUUUUUUCUAUGGAAAGUUAUUAAUAUUAAUAUUAUUAUUGUAUUAUGAUUUGUUUUUCUUCGUACAUUUUCUCUUGUUUUAUAAUUUCACUAGUCAACUGAAGCAAUUUGGUCCAGCGAUUAAGCAAACAAAAACGCUUUUAUGUGAUAUAUUUUUUUUUAGUUGAAUUUUGUGUUAUUUUAUCUUUUUACAUUCCAUAGGUACUUUUUUAUAUUUUAUUUGUAGGCAAUAAGUUUUAAAAUUAUACUACAUUUUCGCAAUCUAUUUAUUAUAGCUCUUACGCUGUUGUUGUUAUUGUUGUUGUUAAUAAUUUUUUAUUAGUUUUUACAAGUUAACUAACAGUGUACAACCGUUGUGUAAUAUGAAAAGUGCAAUUUAAAUGGGAACCACUGUAUGACCUGGGUUUUCUGUCAAUAUUUCAGUUUCUCUUUUUCUCUACUUCUCAAUAUAUAAACACAAACACACAAACAUGUAUAACAAAUCAUAAAAGUAUAAAACACAUACACACCUACACACACACACACACACACACACACACACUUCAUACAUACCUUAAAUGCCACACUUCAACACUUAUGUAUUCACAGGGUAGAUUAGUUAUUUCAAAUCGUUUAUGUUAAAGACAAAAUUACAAAAAUGUUUAGUAUUCCUUUUUUGGAUAAUAUUAUAUAUCAUAUCUUUAAGAUUUUUUUAGAGUAAUUUUUGAACACCAAGGUAGUAAAUCGAAUGUGUAUUAUAAGAAAAUAAUUUUAAAUUUAAAAUAAAAAUGUUAUAAGAGACAAUCACAGAUAUACUGAAAUGGACUCACCUUUACCUUUCGCAAUAAUUAGGAUAAUGUUAUAUAUUUUUUUUUUAACUCAUAAAAUUAUUCAACAUCGAACAAAAGCAAGUAAAUUGACUUUUGUUUUUGUUUAUGCUGUUUGUAUAAAGUUUUCUUAAUUCGUUAUAUUAUAGUUUAUAAUUUUCUUUUUACUAAUUUGUUUUGUUAUUAAUAAUUGCAUUUUAAUUAAUAUAAUAUACAAUUGUUAAUCAUUUUUAGAUAAAUUUUUAUUCUAUUUAUUUUAGAAAAUAGGUCAUGAUUUGAGUAGAUGUGGUCCUCUAUUUGUAUUUCAAUCUGAUUAAUUAGCCAAUGCUAUCGCUAAUAGAGAAAUGUUGUGCAUUAGAUAAAUGUCUUUUUUCUACUUUUUUAUUGAACGGAAUUCAACUAGUGUUAUUUUGAGUAUUUAGAUUUAAUUAGUAUUUAUAUAUAUAAUAUAUUAUAUAUAAAACCAAAAUAUUUACAUAUAACAUGUUUACCUCGUUUUAAAAAGUUAAAUUUAUAUAUUGACAUAUUGUAAUAUGUAGAUGGCAAUGUCAAAAAUCGGAAGGAACAGUAAAUACAAACAUAAAUCAUUAUUGUAAUAUUAAAAAAUACUUUAUGUAUAUCUGUAGCAUAUAGAUUAUUUGAUUAUUGUUUAGAUUGUUGUAUAAAAACACCAUUUUUAUUAGAUCUUUUUAUUAUUAUUUUUUAUUUAAAUUUUAUUGUUUUGUUCUAAAAAUUUAAAUUUAAAACCAGAAUAGUUAAAUCUUGUCAAAAUAAUACGUAGGCGUGUAGUAGUGAUUCUGCAUAAAGCUUAUAUAUUUUACUUACUAUUAUUUAUUGUAUAGUAUUUAAGUAUGAUAUUUUCUUAUGUUUUUUUUUUUUCGAGCUCGGUAUUAUUACCAUAUUAAUAAAUUAUAAAUUAUAUGUCGUUGAUGUUUAUAGAUAAAUAGACUAAUACUUAUUAUAAUUACUUUUAUAUAUAAUUAUAAAUGUAAUUUAUAAAUUAUUAUAAUAACAACGAAGUCGUAGCUAUAAAUAUUGUACUUUGACAAUGAAAUUGCGUAUAGGUUCGUAUUUAUUGUUUAUCAGUAUAUAUAUAUUAUUAUACACGUAUGUACCUACGUAUUUUGCUUGUUAUACUGUAUUAUUAUGUUCGAUUUUUAUUAUUAUUUUUUUAUUUAUAUAUUUUAUUUAGAUUAGGAACCCAUUAGUACAGUAAAUAAACCGAUGAUCGAAAAACUUCUUAAAAA